AUGAUGCAUCCGCUCCGCCGAUUCCUCUUCCUCCUCCUCGUCGGCCUCCUCCCCGCGGCCGUGUGGUCCCUGGCACCGCCCCGCUUCCCGAGGCCCCAACCCCGCUCGCGGCCGGGAGUUAAUGGGGUGGGGGACUACGAGUACGAGACGCGAUACUUCCGGCAGCGGCUGGACCACUUCAGCUUUCCCGGGGUCGGGGACGAGGACGAGGCGGCGGCGUUCUUCCAGCAGCGGUACCUGGUGGGCCGCGGCGGUGGGUGGGCCGGACCCGGCGGCCCCAUCUUCUUCUACUGCGGCAACGAGGGCGACAUCGCCUGGUUCGCCGCCAACUCCGGCCUCGUCUGGGAGGCCGCCCCGCGCUUCGCCGCCCUCAUCGUCUUCGCCGAGGCAAUCCAUCGCUACUACGGAGAGUCCAUGCCGUUCGGUAGCAAAGCCAAGGCGUACAACGACUCCAAGUCCCUGGCGUAUCUCACGGCCGAGCAGGCGCUUGCUGAUUUCGCUGUGCUGCUCACUGACCUCAAGAGGAACCUAACUGCAGAGGGCAGCCCCGUUGUGCUCUUUGGGGGCUCAUACGGUGGAAUGCUAGCUGCUUGGAUGAGACUCAAAUAUCCCCAUAUUGCUAUUGGGGCUCUCGCAUCAUCAGCUCCGAUCCUGCAGUUUGAGGACAUUGUUCCUUCUACUAUAUUCUAUGAUCUUGUAUCGGAUGAUUUUAGGAGGGAGAGUUUAAGCUGCUUUCUUACAAUUAAAGACUCCUGGAAAGAAUUAGAUGACCAAGGAAACGAGCAAGAUGGUCUUCUGAAACUAAGCAAAACGUUCCACCUUUGCCAGACCCUGAAAACAAGUGGAGACCUUUCAGAUUGGUUGAGCUCAGCCUACAGUUAUCUGGCCAUGGUGGAUUACCCAAUUCCAUCAGAAUUUCUCAUGCCUUUGCCAGCCAAUCCUAUUAAAGAAGUAUGCAUAAAUAUUGACAGUCAACCUGAGGGUACUAGUACUCUGGAACGAAUAUAUGCAGGAGUAAAUGUAUACUACAAUUAUACUGGCACUGUUGGCUGCUUUGAUCUAACUGAUGAUCCCCAUGGAAUGGGUGGAUGGGAUUGGCAGGCUUGUACCGAGAUGGUAAUGCCAAUGUCUUACAGUGAAGGCAGGAGCAUGUAUCCACCGUAUAAAUUUGACUAUCCUUCCUAUGCUGAGGAUUGCAUCAAAAGCUAUGGUGUCAGGCCAAGGCCUCGGUGGAUCACAACAGAGUUUGGUGGGCAUAAUAUCACUAAGGUCCUGGAAAAGUUUGGUAGUAACAUCAUUUUCUUCAAUGGACUUCUUGACCCAUGGAGUGGUGGAGGUGUCCUGAAGAAUAUAUCUGAGAGUGUCAUUGCUAUUGUGGCUCCAUUAGGAGCACAUCAUAUCGAUCUGCGCCCCGCCACUCCAGAUGACCCAGAUUGGCUGGUGGCUCUGAGAGAAUCAGAGCUGAAGAUCAUAUCUGGCUGGUUAUCGGAUUACUAUGGGGCGGGAGGGGCGCUCUUCCAGCCUGUAGCUGACAAGGGCUCCUCUUCAUCCUGA